CAUUCCUAGUUGAAUGAACUUUGACUAUUCUAUUUUUAGAAGUUGAUUGUGCAAAAAGAAGAAAACAUUAUUGUGUGACUUAGGCUCUUUUCCACUUUUCAGUCAUUUACUGGGAGUCGGCUAUUUUCAAAACAGGUGUUUUAAAUUGGUCUAAGAUACAUACUUUUUUCUUCUCGCCAGCAGUGACUUUUUCAAUAAUCAUAUAAACAGUUUCAGACACCCAGGGGUUUCUACAGAACAUGGUUUAUGUCAUGUACUUUUUUAUUUAAAAAAUCUUAUUAAAACACUAGCUGUGUGACAAUUUGAAAUACAGCUUGGCCCUCCUAGAGUUGGUUUCCCCCCACCCCCUUAUCACACAGAACUUUAAAAGUCAUGCUUAAGGUUACAUGUUUCUUUGCAGCCACCUAGUCUAUGGUAUUACCUUUAAACUACCACAUGGUGUCAUUAUAAGCAUGUUGAUAUUUGCUCAGUACUGAAUAUUCACAUGCAGGCUUGAUCAAAAGUGAUGUGUAACUUACAUAUCUUUAAUUUUGUAUGCUCAGAGAUUUCUAUUCUGUGUCAAAGUUCAGAUUACAGAGAUUCAGUGUCAAGCAAUGCCAUCGAAACUGAGCUGUCUGAAACCCACAACUCAUACUGCUGAGACUUUACAGUAACAUUUCAAAAUUAUUUCGCAGAUACAAAUGCAGAACAUUUGGAGGUUGAAUAAUGGUGGUGAAGAUUUAAAUUCUCAAGAGUUGUGUGCCAGACAUCUAAAGUUACACUUGAAUUACACUGCAGAGCUGUGGCUGCAGACAUUUAGUAGGCACAUAGCCUUACACAUCUUCCUUUCUGCCCACUUGGUACUGUUCUAUGUUUUACGGACAUGGGAGCAGUGGCAGAACUGAUUUGGUGAGACUUAAUCUUCAACUGCUGCAUACCUCCCCAGCUCCUGUCCAGUAGCUCGACUUGACUACAAUGGGAUAAUGGCUCAGGAAACACACAGAUCUCAACCCCUUGAGGGUUAUAUUUAGCAAUCCAAAUAAUCAGAACCAUUUCAUGUAUUUGGCAUGUGUGCCCAGGGCCCCUGCAGUCGCUCCCAAUACCCUUUGAACUAUAAGGCCAUUGGAAGGAGAGCAAUGUUGUCGAGCUAGUUGCUAGGCGCUGGUUGCUAGGUUACAUGCUGCUAGACUUCAGCUUUCUGCAUUCGACCGUCAAGUUCCCAACUUCAGUUCCUUAAAUAAAUGAAUGGUUCGUUCCUUUUGGACGUCACCAAGUUCUGCUCGCUCUGUUGGGACAGGGAAACCUUUCAUCAGUAAAUCCACCUCUGUAUCUUCAGAGAAGAUGGGUCGUCUCCCCCUGGGGGUUGUUUCUCCCUAUGUAAAAACUAGCUCUGGUGGGUGUAUGGACCCCAUGAAAUUCUACUGUACCAGCUAUGGCACAGCUUAUGGUCAAGCAGGGUUUCGUCCUCGGACUGGCAUCCACUCUGGAGCAGGAUAUAAAACCAAUUACCGUCCCGUUGUUCACUACAAGCCAAGCCUAGACAAAAUAGAUAAUCCAACUGUGGGGAAGCUCCUUCAGGACAACUAUGAGUCGACAACAACCAAGCACUUCCAGCCUCUUGAGCUCCCAGAUGGGAAAUAUCCUCUUCCCUGGAGUGUGUACCAGCCAGGGAGUGGGUAUGUCCGAGAAAAACCCCUUUCUUUCCCCACCACUAAAGAGGUCAAGAAAGUCCAUUUUGACACAGCGGACCAGGGAGCCCAAGCUAUAACAGGGUUGGAGCCUAAACAUACCCCUGACCUGCACAAGUUGUAUGGAAGAGGUUCUGUCGAUGUGGAACAUGCCAGACAUGGACCUCACUACAUGUCCACAGAGUACAACUCAAAGUACCGCUACAACAUUCCAGGACAACCAGAUUUCCUGCAGAAGAAAACAAUUGGAGCCAAAGAAGAGACUGGUUUUACUGAAGGCUGCCUGGCUAACCCCAUUAUGGACAAACCUCAGAGCAGCGCUCCAGGAGUCAGCAUUACCAAGACAGAUUAUCUGCCAUCUUGCCCUCCACAUGGUGAUGAGUUCCUACCAGUCCUGGCAAAGGGUUCUGAGAGGGGAUCUGGAUUCAGUCGGCAGAAUCUUGGCCGUACCCCAACGGUUCCACCAGAUGUAGAGGCACCGGGUCCCCUGAGCCACUCUCAGUUCCAAGGGCUUCAGCAUCAACCUCAGACACAGAACAACCUUCUAGGUCGGGAACAAGUGGGUCACAAGGAACCAUCAGGAUUCAGUCUCAAUAACCUUAAAUAUGUGACACCUGCACAUGAUCCAGAUCUGCCCAACAGAUUCCUGACAAGCUAUAACUCCAAGUUUUAUGAAAACAUUCCAAAGGGAGUGGAUAGGGAAGGCUGGACACGAGGAGGGAUCCAGCCACAGCAGCCUGGUGGUUUUGCUACUAAUAACCAUGCCACUGACUUAGGCACUGACCCCAAUGCCACAGAGACCUUGAGGACUAUCCAUCCUCAUGUUGGCAGGACAAUUACAACAGUUGAUCCAUUCUAUCGUGAUUCUCCCCAUGACCGCCGUUUUGCUGCUCUCCAUCAGACGACUGUGCCCAACUAACCUCUGUUCCAAACUGGACCUCACACCGAUAUCUUUGGGCCUCAGAACAAUAUCCCACAUGCUAAGGAAGGAGCAAGAGUGAUAGCACUGUCACAUCAUUCAUAUUUUACUGUUAAAGGUUGUAUAGUUUUAAAUAAAUUCAAACAAUAUAUUGCUGGUAUAUUUAAUGGAACUGGAACAGCAUCAAAAUGGAUAUAGAAAUACCCCUGGAAGCAGAGAUGGAUAUGACUUUCAUGAAGAGUCUGGUGAAGAUUGAAGAAACAGAAGGGUUGGGGUGGAACCUCAUGUAGUGAGGCCUCAUGUACAGGUGCCAGAUGUAAGGCAGGCCAAAACAGAAGGGUGCUCUGAACCAGGAACUACAUUUAUUCUUCAACUUCUCAACACUUGUCUUUCCUAGGAUUAGUAUAUGGUAUAAAUAUUCCACUAAUACAAUAGGUGGAUGAAUGUUGUGACCUUACACAAUGUCUUGUGUUGCAAAAGCACAAACAUCUCCUUCAUAUACAUCCAGGACAUCUUUCUGUUGCACUCUUCCAACAACCCUGCUAUGUGUACACUGGAUUUCUUCAGUUCCCAACAACUAUAGUGUAAUAAAGGUUGUGUGUCACUCUGCUGAGACUGCAAGCAGACUCAUUUAAUGCCAUAUCUGGUACAAUGUCCCCAUACCAGUACUGCUAGCAUGUUGUUCACAGCAUGCUGGUUAAUAUUUGCCUUGUGGCAGCAAAGAUAUUUUAUCUUUCUGAUUGUGGUAUAGUUAGAAACACACACACACAGAACAGAGAAACAGUAGGAUCUUUUGUCCCCUGCAGGGUGUGAUAUAACACCAUAUAGUAAGGGUUCCUGUAUGUCCUUUUCCUGUGAAACACAAAUUCACCCACCUACAUAGCUAGUAGGAUACAGCU